UUUGCAAGUUCAAGGCUCAUAAGCGCUGUGCUGUUCGCUCCACCAACAACUGCAAAUGGACUACACUGGCCUCUAUAGGAAAUGACAUCAUUGAGGACGAGGAUGGGGUGUCCAUGCCGCACCAGUGGCUGGAAGGCAACCUUCCUGUCAGUGCCAAAUGUGUGGUGUGUGAUAAGACCUGCGGCAGCGUGCGGCGGCUGCAGGACUGGCGCUGCCUCUGGUGCAAGGCCAUCGUCCAUAACAGCUGUAAAGAACAAAUGGGGAAGGUGUGUCCUUUGGGUCAGUGUCGAGUCUCCAUCAUUCCUCCCACUGCACUUAACAGCAUCGACUCAGACGGUUUCUGGAAGGCCACCUCCGCAUCGUGCUCCAGCCCUCUUUUGGUCCUCGUCAACUCCAAGAGUGGAGACAACCAGGGGGUCAAGUUCUUGCGCAAGUUCAAGCAACUCCUCAACCCAGCUCAGGUCUUUGACCUGAUGAAUGGAGGACCUGAACUCGGCCUGCGACUCUUCCAGAAGUUUGUGACGUUCCGUAUUCUGGUGUGCGGAGGUGAUGGCAGCGUGGGCUGGGUGCUCUCAGAGCUCGAUAAACUCAACCUCCACAAACAGUGUCAGCUGGGCGUUCUGCCCCUCGGUACAGGUAACGACCUGGCUCGGGUCCUGGGCUGGGGGGGGCUGUGUGACGACGACGCUCAGCUGCUGCAGAUCCUGGAGAAACUGGAGAGGGCCACCACCAAGAUGCUGGACCGGUGGAGCAUCCUGACCUUCGAGGUGCCGACAACCAAUAAAAUCAGUCCGGUAGUGAAGGAAGACGACAGCCAUGAUUCUCCUCUGCAGGUCCACAUCAGUCAGUAUGCAGACUCUGUGGCGUGCCACCUUGCCAAGAUCUUGGACUCGGACAAGCACAGCGACGUCAUCUCAUCUGCAAAGUUCCUGUGUGGGACGGUGAACGACUUUGUAGCGGAGGUGGGGAAGGCGUACGAGAGAGCUACAGAGAACAAGGAGGAGGCAGACGCCAUGGCAAAGAAGUGUGCCCUGCUAAAUGAGAAACUGGACUCUCUGGUCAAGGCCUUAAGCGAGGAAGCAGAAGCUCAGGUGGUACCGGCCGGUUCAGCUCCAAGCCAAGAGAGCGGUGGUUCGAGCCCUGGUGAAAGCGGGGGCGAGUCGGGUUCAGAGGGUAAGACGUAUCGGUCCAAAGAGCAGCUGAUGCUUCGAGCCAACAGCCUAAAGAAAGCCCUGAGGCAGAUCAUCGAGCAGGCUGAGAAAGUGGUGGACGAGCAGAACCGACACACGCAGGUCCAGAGGAUGUCAUCGUCGUCCUCCAUCAAACGGGAGAACAGCGAGGAGCUGAAGGAGGCGGAGCCACGUCCAGGAGGUCUGAGCCCCACGUCCCCCAUCGUCUUAGAGAAACCAGAGAGCCUGAACACCGUCGCCUUCAGCGAGGACUCCAUACAGUGCACAGAGAAGUGUGUGAUGAAUAAUUACUUCGGCAUCGGCCUGGACGCCAAAAUCUCGCUGGAGUUCAACAACAAGAGAGAUGAGCACCCCAAAAAGUGCAGCAGCCGCACUAAGAACAUGAUGUGGUACGGAGUUCUGGGGACCAAAGAGCUGGUCCAGAAGACCUACAAGAACCUGGAACAGAGAGUUCAGCUGGAGUGUGACGGGGUUUCCAUGUCCCUGCCGAGCCUGCAGGGCCUGGCUGUGCUCAACAUCCCCAGCUACGCAGGAGGGAUCAACUUCUGGGGCGGCACCAAGGAGGACAAUAACUUUGGCGCUCCGUCGUUCGAUGAUAAGAAGCUGGAGGUGGUGGCGGUGUUUGGCAGCAUGCAGAUGGCCAUGUCCAGGGUCAUCAACCUGCAGCACCACCGAAUCGCACAGUGCCGGCAGGUGAAGAUCACCAUCCUGGGGGACGAGGGCGUCCCCGUGCAGGUGGACGGAGAGGCCUGGAUCCAGCCUCCUGGCAUCGUGAAGAUCGUCCACAAGAACCGGGCCCAGAUGCUGACCAGAGACCGGGCCUUUGAGAGCACGCUCAAGUCCUGGGAGGACAAGAGAAAGAUCGACAGCUACCGCGCCGCCAGGCCCCGCCUCAACUCCCAGCAGUCCAUGGAGUACCUGACGGAGGAGGAGUGCGCCCAGGUGCAGCAGCUGGGCCUAGUGGCUGACACGCUCAUCACCAAAAUCCAAGAGGCAGCAAAGACCCACAAGCUGGUGGAGCAGGAGCUGGCUCACGCCGUCAACGCCACCGCCCUGGUGCUCACCGAGGCCAAAGUGUCCAGUCAGGAGUGUCUGAGUCGCAGCACAGCAGUGGAGAUCGUCAACAGCAGCAAAGUCCUGCAGGCCGAGACCAGGAUGCUGCUGGACGCAAAGCUCCUGUCGGACUCUCCGGAGGAAGAGGAGCUGCGCUCAACUCUGAACAGCCUCAGUGCUGAGCUCCACAAGCUGGACGACAUCCACUGGAUCUGUCCGCUCAUGCAGUGCUCCGAGGAGGCGGAUUCGGUGAGGAGCAGCAGUAAAGGCAGCAGCAGCAUGAUGCUGAAGAUCAUGCCUAAAACCAAGAAGGAGAAGGAGAAGCUUCACAAGCAGAAGUCCAACAGCUCUCUGUCAGGAACGUGGGACAUCAAAGGAGGAACCUCUGAGGUGGAUUCCUCGGGCAACUGACAUUCUACCCUCACUCACCAGAAGGGGGCGGCACCCCUCUUAACCUCUCUCACUAAAAUCAUGAUGUCCUGGGGCGUCACACAGGUGUUAGACACACAAGUUAGACCCUCUUCCCAACGUUUCAGCUUUGGCUCAGUUUUACCUCCUUUGAAGUUUUGUUUGCCAACCGAAGGAUUUUGGUUCUGAUAUAUUUUUUUCUGAGUGGGCCUUGCUCUGUCGUUGUUUGUUUUGUGGGCGUGGCCAGCAGCAAAUGAAAGCAAACAACAAAACCAGGGAGGUGUGGAUGAAGCGUGGUGCUGUCCUUGCAUGUCACGUUUAACUAAUCUAUUUUACUUAAGUGGUUACAGAUUUAGAUUUGUAUGUUUCCUAACUUCUGAUCAGCCUUCCAACUGCGUAUUUAUUUAUUUGUCGUCGCUGCUGCCAUGAGAACCCUCGACUGCAACGAGUAUUCAGACGGAACAACCUGAGGGAUGAUUCAGCGUUUUUCUGAGCUGGAAAUUAACUUAAACUGUUGCAAAAAAAAAAAAAAAAAAAAAGAGGAAUGUAGUUGUGUGGACUUGUAUCUACCUGUGAAUUAUGAUGUUCAUAAAGGUUCUUGUGGUGGUUCUCUAGUGGACUCGUGUGGUCCCAGGCUUUGCAGUCACGUUGCAAAACAAACUGUUGUGAGCUCUUUCUUUAGGAACAGUGAAAUAAUCCCAGGGUGGGAUCUCCGUGGGAGUCGCCUCUCAUCCUGCAUGCUCUACACUUGAAUCAUGAAGGUACAGAAACCAGAUGACAGCAUGUUUUUGUUUUCUUUUUGGUGAGUGGAGGUGUUUACAGAAGGAGCAUCAGGGGCAUAUCAACUAAAACUUUGCAGCUUCUUAAUGUAUUGCUCUUAUUUUGACAUUCUGAAUGAUUGUAUCUGUAAUAUAAGAAUAAGGGAUAAGAUGUAUUUAAUUUUUUUGCCUUGUCUGUGGUUAAAACUUAUUAUUAUUACAAAUAUAUCUAUAUUUUUUGUAUAUCUUAUUUUUCCAAAUGGUAAUCUGUGAAGCUGUCCUGGCUUUGCUGCUUCCCCCUUUGAGAAACUCCUGAACAAUCACGCAUAUCAAUGCUGUUCUGUGUCCUUGCAUGCCUAACUUAAGCCUUCCUUCGCCUCACAGUGGAAAACGCCUCAAAAAAGGGAGACUGUGCAAACUUUAGUAGUGUUUUCAGAGCGGUCUCAAGAGAAAACUUAGAAAUGGAGAAAAUAUUAAAUCACAUGCAAAAAAAUAUUAAUUUUCUGACAUAAUAUAGAUGUAAUUAGUAUGCACUUAUUAUGUAGUACCGUAAUAAAUAAGUAUAGUUUUAAAUGAAAUGCCCUGCAGGGCAAAGUCAUUAAAAGUAUGUGUUUAUACCUCUACUCUAUGCAUUUUGUUGCCAAAAGAGGACCAGCACUGGUUCUUAGAUUGUUGGUUGGGAUUUAGAACAAAUUUUAAUUUGGUUAAAUUACGACACAAUGUUGAUCAAAUUCCUCUUGUGUAUUAGCCAAAGGGACAGAAGCUAAAAGGUCAAAUUUCAUUAGAAUUAUCAUGUAGGGUCAACGUAUUUAAAAAGUUAGCGUUCCAGUUGUUGGCAAAGAUAGCAUAGCUACCUGGAGUCGAGGAGUAAAAGGUGUGAUGGAGUAUGCAUGUGUAGAAUUGGAUGGAUAGGAGGAUGGUAUACAAACUAUGUACAGGAGAACCUUGAAAGAUGAGAAUAUGGUGUAAAAGUUAAUUUGUCAGUAAUUCAACUUAAAAGGUGAAACUGAUAUAGGAGAGACUCAUUCCAGCUAGAUAUUUCAGCUUUUAUUUAUUAUAAUUGUGUUUAUUAUGGCUUACAGCUUAUGAAAACCCUACAUUAAAAAUCUCAGACAACUGCAAUAUUGUGAAAAUGUUUAAUAUUCUAGACUCAAAGUGCACCAUAUUUUAAUUUUUUUUAUUUCACCUGUAUAAAGUAUGGAAUGUGUGUACACGGCAUGGUAUGGUAUAUUAACAGUAUGUGUACAUGGUAUGGUAUGAAAUGUAUAAAUUGUAUAGUAAUGGUAUGUAUGUAUAGAUGUGGAUAAUUUGUAAACGUAGUUAAGCUCCAGUGACCUACUACUAUAAUUCAAAAGCUGUCAAAAUGGUUUCAAAUCCAGCUCUUCUAAAGAACUUUGACCCCUUUUAGUUUCUGUCUGGUUGCACGAUUCAUGUAUUGUUGAGGUUAGCUAAACUAAAAUAGGUGCUAAGACUCGGUGGACAGUAAAUUGUCAAGAAAAUAAAACAUAUUUUUAGAACUACAGUUACAUUUAAAUGUAGACAGCAAAUAUGUUCACUUUAAAUCUAAGACUUGUUAGCUAGCAGUACUAGCUUAAAUGUUGACGUUAAAGUUAGCUACAGAGUUGGUCUUUUUUGCAGUGCCUAUUCAACAUUUUUAAAAGUGUAUGAGAGGCCCCUAAAAGCUAAUAUUUAUAACUUAAUUUGCUUUAAAUUGGUGUCUAAGCAGCUAGAUAAAUGUUCUAUGAGGAGAGCGCGGCGGCGGGUCCCUGUGAGGCGCUGUAGAUGUUCAGCUGUGGUAGGAUCGUGCUGCUGUAUCUGUAGUGUGCCAGCUCUAUGCUAUACACCUUUGAGGCUUUAGUGGUGUUGUGCCAAGUGUGUACUUUGAGUAACAAGACUUUCAAGGUGUGUGUGUGUGUGUGUGGGUGGGUGGGUGUGGGUGUGUUCAUGAUACGCUUCAUAUGCAUUUCAAUGUUUACUGUACCUUGCCUUGCACUUUAUGACACAAAUUUAAAGGGGAAAAGACAUUUGCAUACGUGUGUGUGAUUAUUUUGAGUGUUUACAAGCUUUUUUAAUUGGAAAUGGUAUUUUAUUUUGUGUGCUGGUAACAUGUAAUAUCUAAUCGAUCGUCAUAAAAAUGCUAAGUAUAUAGAGACGUAAAAACAAAUGUUUUCUACACCUUACGUGUGAUAAGUCAUUUCACUGUCAAAGAUGUCCUCGCACCAAUCAGAGCUAAGAUGUUCUAAAAACAUAGGCAAUUCUAAUUUUUGGAAGUUGAAGACAAGAUAUUAGCAUACUUUAGUGUUAUUUAUGGAUUACAAUUAAGUUGUUUACACAAUGAAGAUGUUUAGCUUGUGUUAAGCUGAUUUUCUGAGUAGAGUUUUUAUUAUUGCCUUGAACUGUCGUAUUGAAAAAGAUUAGUGAUAUUGGGGUGUGCAUAUACAUAAAAGCCAUUUUUGAAUAACCGGUUGCCUGUUUUUUAAUGAUUUUAUCGUUUUAAAGAAAUAUUUUUUGUCCUUAUCUUUUGUGUAAGUUAUCAAACUUAAAGAAAUGUGAUUAGUUUUUUGUUUUGUUUUUGGGGAGGGACUCAAACGCCCCCAAGCUCCUAACCUGGAGUAGAGAAGAAACGGUCAGCAGAGGAUCAUUUUUAACGAAUUACAAACACUUAAAGUGCAUUUGUGCAACAGUAUUUAGAGGAGGACCUUGUGAACCCACCCUUGGACCUGAGACUGUGCACAGAGCCAGAAGUCAGACUAGAUGUUGCACGACCUUGUUAAGCUGCGAGGUGUUUUCUUGUGUUAUCAUGUGGUGUGUAACAAAGAUGGUCGGUUCAACCCUCUGCAGAUUAAAUGAUUUAUUCAAGUGUGAAA